AUGACAACCCACGGCGCUGCUUCGAUGAUGUCUUCUUCCCAAUCCACGCUUGCCGCGCGUAGAGGACAACAUUUGGACGACUUCAGGCCCCACUUCUUACACGCCAGAACUGUUCCCAUAGACCACUACCACUCUACUACUGUCCUUCGACCAAUGCUGUCGAUUCAGACUAACGGACGGCCAGAUAUGUCGGCCGAUAUGGAACACAAUCUGCACGGUUUCGACAACUCUACGGGACCGGUGGUACCUUAUCAAGGUACUUUGCUACCUCUCGAAGAAGCCCAACAGCGAGAUGACCUCCGUCUCCGAGGAUUUCUCUUGCCUGCUGACCGCGAACUCGUCUCAGCUUGGUCUCCAGACAACAGUCCUGCAUCUGAGCCCAGAGAUUCUUUCGCUUUCUUGGUUGAGUACGAGGGAUUCGCUAGUAAGUUCGAUGCAGCUCUCUUCAUGACAUCAGAAGUGGCUCACUGCGGCAAGAACAUUUGGCAGGACGUGAGUGACAGUUUCAAGGAAAAGGCUCGCAGCUUCAAGCGCAAGUAUCGUUCCAAGAAUGAUCCGGAUGGCUGA